AUGGCCUUCUUUGCCGUCUCAGCUCUGGUGGUCACCGUUUUGGUCGCUGCGGAAGCCGACCCAGCGCUCUUCGCCAACGACCCCUUCCCGAGCUCCCAGCUUCGGGGGGCGGACUACCUGGACGCGGACGAAGGUGAGACCGGUCGGAGCAACAAGUGGCUGAGGGACAUCAAUACCAGGACCAAGAAUCACUUCAAGAAGCUGCUGGCACCGCUUCAGACGCCCAUCGUACAGGAGUACCAGGUGGUUGGCGUCCUCGACACGUAUGUCAACUACACGAUGGAGCUGGUGGCCAACGCCACCGGUCACAGCGUGAUUUGGAACCGAACCUCUGGUCGAGUUCUCUCCGAUGAGCCUCGGGGCCUUCGUCCCAGCAGGCAGGAGCUCCCGCCGCGGGCACGGUACAUCAACAAGAUCUUGAUGUAUCUGAACAAGGAGAUGGAGGCCGUCUGGAACUACAUCACCAUGGUCGACCGGAAGCGCUGGGGUGUCGGAAACGUCAUCACCUCCUCGCCCUAUGGGCCUCAUGGUGAGCAUCCAGAGCGCUGGCGCGCAAACGGCUCCUUCCCUCUCCCUGCUGCUGCGCCCAACAACACGAUCCUCCUGCAGAGUCAGAAGAUCAACCUGGUGCUGAAGCUGAAGCCGGAAAUCGAGAAGUACGACAACAAGUACGCCCAGCAGCUGCAGGCAGACUACGAGACACUGGUCGACAACAUCAAUGAUGCAAGUCAGAAGAUCAGCGAUCUACGUGGCCGCCUCUGGAAGAUGGAGGACUUCGCGAUUCAAUUCAUUGCCCUCCCCUCUGGGGGGCAACCACCUGACCGCUACGUGCGCUUCGGGGCGGAGGAGCGAUGGCAGUCCAACAGUGGCAAGGAAGCGAUCGAAAGUGCAUUGCAUCGAUUUCAAAAGGAGGGAUCGGUCACCAUGGCCUCAUUCGCUGGAGUGACCGUGCUCUACCCUCAGCAUGGCGUUGCCUGA